CUGGCUGGGAAGAGCAUGACCUGGUGGCCGGUGGGGGCCUCACUGUUUGCCAGCAACAUUGGCAGCGGACAUUUCAUUGGCCUGGCCGGGUCCGGGGCCGCAGCAGGGAUUGGAGCAAUUGCUUAUGAAUGGAAUGGCAUGCUGAUGGUGCUGCUGCUGGGAUGGCUCUUCCUGCCCAUUUAUAUCGCCUCUGGGGUCACAACAAUGCCAGAAUACCUGCAGAGGCGCUUUGGUGGUCGAAGAACGCAGUUAUUUAUAGCGGUCCUCUCCUUGUUUAUUUACAUUUUCACAAAGAUAUCGGUGGACAUGUAUGCUGGUGCAUUGUUUAUACAGCUUGCUUUACGGUGGAAUAUCUAUGUGGCUAUAGUGCUGCUGCUGUCAAUCACGGCUCUCUACACUGUAGCAGGUGGUCUGGCUGCAGUCAUCUACACAGAUGCUGCUCAAACUGCUAUCAUGCUGGCAGGAGCUCUCACCCUCAUGGGCUUCAGCUUUGCCGAGGUCGGGGGCUGGAAUGCUCUGAUGGAGGGAUACGCCCACGCCAUCCCUUCCAUCCGCGUGCAGAACUCGACCUGCGGGAUCCCCCGAGAGGACGCGUUCCACAUCUUCAGAGACCCGGUGUACUCUGACCUGCCGUGGCCUGGGGUCAUCAUCGGCAUGUCCGUCCCCUCCAUGUGGUACUGGUGUUCGGAUCAGGUGAUCGUGCAGCGCUCCCUCGCUGCCAAGAACCUGACACAUGCAAAAGGAGGCUCGCUGCUUGCUGCUUAUCUCAAGAUUUUGCCUUUCUUUGCCAUUAUGCUGCCUGGCAUGAUCAGCAGGAUCCUUUACACAGAUGAUGUGGCCUGUGCAGAGCCUGAGCAGUGCAAAAAGAUCUGCGGCAAUCAAGUGGGUUGUUCAGAUACCGCCUACGCCAGACUGGUCAUGGAACUGCUGCCGACAGGAUUGAGGGGUCUGAUGAUGGCGGUGAUGGUCGCCGCCCUCAUGUCCUCUCUGACCUCCGUCUUCAACAGCGCCAGCACCAUUUUCACCAUGGACCUGUGGAAGAGUUUCAGAUCCCAUGCCACUGAGUGGGAGCUCAUGAUUGUGGGCAGGGUGUUUGUUCUCAUGCUGGCGGUGGCGUCCGUGCUGUGGAUUCCUGUUGUCCAGGCCAGUCAGGGGGGGCAGCUCUUUAUCUACAUCCAGUCCAUCAGCACCUACCUCCAGCCCCCAGUCUCCAUCAUCUUCAUCUUGGGCUGCUUCUGGAAGAGGACUAAUGAGAAGGGGGCCUUUUGGGGCCUGUCUAUCGGCCUGUUGGUGGGCUGCAUCCGCAUGUUGCUGGACUUCAUUUACCCGGCGCCUCUGUGCUACGAGGAGGACACCAGGCCCGCGGUGUUGAAAUACGUCCACUACCUCUACUUCUCCAUCGUGCUGUCCCUCAUCACGCUGGUUGUGGUGGUCGUGGUCAGCCUGGCCACGGAGGAGCCCAAACCGGAGCAGAUCAGUCGUCUUACCUGGUACACAAGGUUUGACCCCGUGGAGCCCAAAGUGAACGAGGUCCCAGUGGAGCGGAGCAUUAAGACCAUUGAGAUCACAGAUCAGAAAGAUGAGAUGGGAGUUGUAGGAAAAGAGCAGGAGGACACCAGCGAUACUAAAACAUGUCAUCACAGGAAAGACUCCUCAUCCUCUGUGUCCAGCAUCCAAAGCCAGUCCAGGCUGAUGUCUGCCGUCUACUGGAUGUGCGGGAUGGAAAGACAGAAGGAGGGGGAGAGUCCUCCUGCACCUGAACAGAUCAUCAGCUCUCUGGAAGAAAAGCCACGUCUGCGCCACAUUAUCAACGCCAACCUCAUCAUUUGCAUCUCUGUCACUGCUUUUAUCAUUGGCUUCUGGGCCUGAUGGGAAGGUAUUGACACUCCUCAUGGACACGUGGUGUGUGGCUUGGGUAAAAUGUUGU